GUAGAGAAUAACCUCAAUUCAAUCAUGGCUUAAAUUUCCAGUUCUGUAGACGCUCUUCUCUUUUCUCUCUCUAGACUCUCUCUCUCUCUCUCUCUCUCUCUCUAAACCAUUCCAACGCUUCUCCCCAAAAGCAUAAAACAACAACUUUCCCACUGUUGAAUCCUCAAUUGCAAUCUGAACCAGAUUCCUAUCUUUCUCGGUGGAUUUGUAUAUAAAGCCUAUAGAUAUAGAAAUUGUAUCUAUCUCUUCAACCAUUCUCGCUUUCUUAAGUUGGGGUCUCAAUUCAGCUAAAUUCUGAGUCUUGUCAUCAGAACAACAACGACGACGCUUCGUUCUUCAAUCUUGUUUCUUUCAAAUGGCGAAGCGUGGAUAUAAAUUGCAGGAGUUUGUGGCCCAUUCUGGGAGUGUAAACUGUCUAAAUAUUGGGAAGAAGACAUGCCGACUUUUUAUUACCGGAGGAGACGAUCAAAAAGUGAAUCUUUGGUCGAUUGGCAAACCGACAUCUUUGAUGAGCCUCUGUGGUCACACAAGCCCAGUUGAGUCUGUAACUUUUGAUUCGACGGAGGUUUUAGUGGCUUCAGGAGCUUCUACUGGUGUAAUAAAGCUUUGGGAUUUGGAAGAAACAAAGAUGGUUCGCACUCUUACUGGACAUAGAGCCAAUUGCACUGCCAUUGAGUUCCAUCCAUUUGGUGAGUUUUUUGCAUCUGGUUCCAUGGACACUAAUCUAAAGAUCUGGGAUAUCAGAAAGAAAGGAUGUAUUCACACAUACAAGGGUCAUACUAGAGGAAUUAGUACCAUUAGAUUCACUCCUGAUGGUCGUUGGGUAGUCUCUGGUGGAUUCGAUAAUGUUGUAAAGGUAUGGGAUCUAACUGCUGGAAAGCUCUUGCACGAUUUUAAGUGCCAUGAAGGACAUAUUCGAUCCUUAGACUUCCAUCCCCUUGAGUUUCUUCUGGCAACAGGUUCAGCGGACAGGACCGUAAAAUUUUGGGAUUUGGAAACUUUUGAGCCGAUUGGAUCUACCAGACCUGAGGCUACAGGUGUACGAUCAAUUACUUUCCACCCUGAUGGGAGAACCCUAUUUUGUGGAUUGGAUGGCAGUUUAAAGGUAUAUUCGUGGGAGCCUGUAAUUUGCCACGAUUCUGUUGAUAUGGGAUGGUCAACAUUGGGAGACCUCUGCAUCCAUGAUGGGAAACUUUUGGGUUGCUCCUAUUACCGGAAUUCCGUUGGAGUUUGGGUAGCAGAUAUAUCGCUUAUUGAGCCGUACGGGGCUGGCUUUGUACCUGGGCAAAAUAGCCACUCGGAGUGUAAGUAUGAUCUAAAAGAAAGUCGUUUGGAGAAAGUAGGGAGCCAUAGAAGGUCUACUUCAAAUAUGCGUUGCAUGUCUCCGGAUGAUGACACUAAAGAAAUAAAGAAUAUAUAUGUGGACACCGCAGGUAGAAGUCCUACUGUUUCAAAAAAAGUUGGGUCAGUCAAUUCUCCGAAGGUUGUACUCCCAUCAGAUUCCAAGGAAGUCAGUAAUCUGCCAACUGAGAAGCAGGGUCCUGCAGUUGGCCUGCAUGCAAAAACUAUUGGUCAAGGAAAAGGAAAUAGUAAAUCCUAUGUAGUACCUAACAUUGUACCUCGGGAGAGCCCAGAUGGCAAAGACUCUGCAAACUAUAGAAGAGAAUCUCUGACCGGUGCAAGGGCCAAUGCUGGUAUUUCUCACAAGCCACCCCAUAUAAGAAGACCAUCAGCUACCAAAUUCGAUGUAGAGCGGUUUCCAGUGGCUGUUGAAUCUGGAUCCUUUACCAAUAUGACUACUGAUUUAGAUGCUGCAAAGGAUCCAAGCUUCCAAAUCAGGGUUGUAUUAGAUAGUGAUGCUAGAGAAUCAUCUGAGGAACGACAUUCUGAUAUCAAUAGUGCCGCUCAGAAGUUUGAAAAAAAUUUGUCGCCGAGGACGCCAUCAGAUCAGGAAAACUGUGAUGAUUCCCUCGAUUGCAGCAAAGGGGUGAACUCUGUUAAAUAUGUCAAUGGAGUGGCAGUUGUACGAGGAAGGACGCGCUCAUUGGUUGAGAGGUUUGAAAGGAGAGAAAAAGUGAGUGACAAUGAAGUUCAGAGAACUGAUAUGGCCCCUCACAUGAUAUCCGAUGCAGCUAAAACAAACCCCACACUGAAUAGACAUCCACAAGUUAUUGAAAGGGAGUUGGCAUCUGCGAAUGAUGAGAAGGUGGCAUCUGCGAAUGAUGAGAAGGUGUUUGAAGAUCUGAUGCAAAAUCAUGAUGUAUUGUUAAGUACCCUUCGAUCCCGCCUGACAAAAUUACAGGUCAUACGGCACUUCUGGGAACGGAAUGACCUUAAAGGUGCUAUAAACGCCAUGAAGAAGCUGCCUGAUCAUUCUGUACAAGCAGAUGUGAUUGGCGUUCUUAUGGAAAAAAUGGAGAUUCUCACCUUAGAUUUAUUUUCUUGCUUGCUACCUGUUCUGUUGAGCUUACUGGAUAGCAAGAUGGAAAGGCAUUCUAAUGUUUCCCUGGAGAUGCUACUGAAGCUUGUAGCAGUCUUUGGGCCAGUAGUCCGCUCAACCAUUUCGGCACCCCCAGCUGUUGGUGUUGAUCUUCAGAAAGAGCAAAGACUUGAGUGCUGCAACCAGUGUUUUAUCCAUCUCCAAAAGAUCCAGAAAAUUCUUCCAGUGCUUGUAAGGAAGGGUGGUUUGCUAGCAAAAAGUGCUCUAGAACUUAACUUAAUUCUUCAAGAAUCAUAGUUUCCCUUGUCAUCCAUAACCAAUUCCAUAGAAGAGAAGUGUAGCUCGGCGUGAUACCCUUUAACAUGAUUCAUACGCGAGAACCCCGUGUUCUUAAAUUGAGGGUCUUGCAAUUUUGUCUUGCUGCUUUCUACCUUUUGCUGCCCUCUUGGCUCUUGAGAGUUUGUGAGGCAAAGCUUGAAGCCUUAGAGUUUUGUGAUUCUUUGGAUAUGGAUAUUGUUGUUUGUGUUUGUAGUUUAAAUUUUGAAAUGUAGAUAGGUACAAAUCAAUUGUAUAUUUUGCACAUUUGUAAUGCUCAAUGGGCUAGCUGUAUACAAUCUUUUGAUAAAUGAGAUGUAUGUUCCCUAUU